AAGACCAAUACUUCUAGCUAGAGAGAAAGCGAGAUCUAAGAGAGGGAGAGAGAGAGAGAUGGAGGAGAUGCGCGGGGCAGCAAUGGCAUAUUUCGCCAACUUUUCCGAAGACCAACGACAAUCGUGUGAGAGUUUCACCAACCUAAUGGACAGGAACGGAGACGGGAAAGUGACCUUCCGAGAGUACUUGGAAUUCAUCGGGAAACAAGGCUACAAUCACGUGCCACCGAACCUGUUCAUGCUUCUCGAGAAAAACAACCGCGGAUAUCUUGAUUUUGAGGAUUGUGUUACUCUCUUCUACAUGAUCACGUGCAAUCGGUUCGUGUUCUGUGGUGGACAUAACUGUAAUUCCCACUUGUUGGGCCUCCAUUUCCAAUGUGUCCAAUGUUACAAGGUUGGAAAGAAAACCUACAAUCUAUGUUCUACUUGUUAUCGAGAUACCGACUUCAACCAUGAACACUCAGACUUCUUGGACAACUAUGAUCUCCUCCAAAACAAACCACGAGAGGCCAGGAAUAGGAUGGAGGAGUUCUCCAAGACUGCCGAACUCUACUACAAAAGAAGCUCAUCGGACAUCCAAGAAAAAGCAAAAACUUUCUUUGAAUCGCUAGACAACAACAACGACAAGAAAAUAAGUCUGGACGAAUUUCUUGCGUUUGUGAGCGAGGGAGGCCACGUAAAAAUGAGCGACCGCCAUUUUUUCGAAGCACUGGACAAAGACGGGAAAGGAUACCUAGAAUUCAUGGAAGUUAUGGGUCUUUGCUACAUAAACAAAAGUGGGAGGCCUUUUUGUGGUCAGUGUGAUGAGUUUAUUCCGGGCAUGUAUUUCACUUGCUCCAAAUGCUUUGAAGAUGGCAACAACUCGGUUUCCCUUUGUCCAAAGUGUUUCGAAGAUGGAAAGUUCGUUCAUGAGCAUGCUCAGUUUCUGGAUAACUAUGCUUUGUUGGAAGCCAAGAGAUUGGAAGGGAUUGCUAAUCAUUCGAAACAGCAGAAGCCAAGCACAUCUGUUACCAUUGCUGAAGAUCGGCCAACAUCCACAACCAUUCAAACAGCGACAACCAUUCAAACGGCGACAACCAUUUAUAAUGUCAAUGUGACGAACAAUGCUGUUGUGCCUCAUAUGCAACCCCAAUCAGUGAGUAUCUUUGCCAACUCUCGAGUGUUUUCCCUUUGGGGCUUAUUGGUGGGGUCUUAGGCCCGACGGUUGGAAAAGGAUGGUAAUAUCAAGUUUUCCGUAACUUUU